UCUCCGAUCCAUUCCUCCAUCUCUCACCUUCACCCACUCAUGGCUCGCUACUCUCUCUUAGCUCUCCUCCUCUUCGCCGCCGUAGCAACCGCCGCGAUCGCCACUGAGGAUGACGACCUCCUGAUCCGUCAGGUAGUGUCGGACGGCGAGGCCGAGGAGGAGGAUCACCUGCUGAACGCGGAGCACCACUUCUCCACCUUCAAGUCAACGUACAAAAAGACCUACGCGACGCAGGAGGAGCACGACUAUCGCUUCGGCGUCUUCAAGUCCAACUUGCACAGAGCCAAAGUUCACGCCAAACUAGAUCCCUCCGCCGUCCACGGCAUCACCAAAUUCUCUGACCUAACUCCGGCGGAGUUCCGCCGCCAGUUCCUCGGCCUGAAGCCUCUCCGUCUUCCGGCACACGCUCAGAAGGCUCCCAUCCUCCCUACGCACGAUCUCCCCAAUAAUUUUGAUUGGCGUGACAAAGGUGCCGUUACUAACGUCAAGGACCAGGGUUCGUGCGGUUCGUGCUGGGCGUUCAGCGCCACGGGAGCUUUGGAAGGAGCUCAUUAUCUGGCCACUAGUGAGCUUGUGAGUCUUAGCGAGCAACAGCUUGUGGAUUGCGACCACGUGUGUGAUCCAGAAGAAUAUGGAGCGUGUGACGCGGGCUGUAACGGUGGGUUGAUGAACAAUGCAUUUGAGUACAUAUUCCAGUCUGGUGGAAUACAGCGAGAAAAGGAUUAUCCAUACACUGGAAGAGAUCGUGGCCCUUGCAAAUUUGACAAAAGCAAAAUUGCGGCUUCUGUAUCUAAUUACAGUGUGGUUUCCCUUGACGAAGACCAAAUUGCUGCAAACCUAGUGAAGAAUGGCCCUCUUGCAGUCGCUAUCAAUGCAGUUUUUAUGCAGACAUACAUAGGUGGCGUCUCUUGCCCAUACAUCUGUGGAAAGCAUUUGGAUCAUGGGGUUCUUCUAGUGGGUUAUGGCGAAGGUGGAUAUGCUCCCAUUCGUUUCAAAGAAAAGCCGUACUGGAUCAUAAAGAAUUCGUGGGGGGAGAGCUGGGGAGACAAUGGAUAUUACAAGAUCUGCAGAGGUCGAAAUGUGUGUGGAGUGGAUUCCAUGGUCUCGACUGUGGCUGCUGUGCAUCUAUCUCACCAUUAAAUGCAUUGAUAUGCCUGAUUGUGGUUGUUCAAUGUGGUUCUAGGCUCGGAAAGUUUGUGUAAAUAUUAAAGUUGUGAACUGUAUCGUCUGUUACUGGUAAAAUUAUCUCCAUAAUAGGAUCUGGAAACUGCUACGAUCAUGUUAUUGUGUAGUAGGUAAUUCUGUAAGCUUGUUAGUCCAGUGUCGUUAUACGUUGUUAUGGCAACUUGGCGAAUAUAUCAAUCUGAAUAUCUGUACUUUAAAUA